AUGGAUGCUGAACAACUUCGAUCAGAAGGAUGUAAAGUGAUUGAUAUCGUGGCUGAUUACUGGGAGAGUAUGAGAAAAAGGAGACCACUUCCAGAUGUGAAACCAGGGUUCAUGAAUCAAUUAGUAUCAGCUGCCCCACCGACUGCUCCAGAGGACUGGAAAACAAUUUAUGAAGAUUUGGAGAAAGUCGUUUUCAAUCCGGCAACUCAUUGGAAUCAUCCUCAUUUCUUUGCUUAUUUCCCUGCUGGACUCACUUAUCAUUCAAUCAUGGCUGAUAUUUUGAGUAGUGGACUGUCGUCUGUCGGAUUCUCUUGGAUGGCAUGUCCAGCUAUCACGGAAUUAGAGAAGGCAAUGCUAGAUUGGGUUGUCGAAUUGAUGGGUUUACCAGAACAUUUCAAGAAUUCUCAUCCAGGUCCUGGGUGUGGAAUCAUUCAAAGUUCAGGAUCAGACUCAAUUCUCAUUGCAAUUCUCACAGCGAGAGCUGCAAAAGUCGAAGAAAUCAAAUCCUCUCCGUCAAUAUUCCAGUGGCUCCCCAAUUUUUCACUUGGAAAAUCUCUCUAUAAUAUUCUAAAUUAUAAUGUUUUCAACUCGAAUACAGACCGACCGAGCUAUGAUUCAACUGACGUCAUCACUCCAUUCUAUCAUGAUCCCCGUGUAUUUCAAAACUUUGUAAUGUAUUUCUGUGAUCAAGGACACUCUUCAAUUGAAAAAGGAGCAUGGCUUGCUGGCGUCAGAUAUCGGAAAUUGAAAGCAAUCAAAGGAUAUUUGGGAAACUAUGGACUCGAUCCAGAUGCAUUGAGAAAAGCUGUGCAGGAAGACCGUGACCGUGGAUAUAUUCCGUUCAUGUUGAUUGUAACUGUUGGAACGACGUCGUCUUGUGGAAUUGAUGAAAUUGAGAGAUUAACACCGAUAUGUAAAGCGGAAGGACUUUAUGUUCACGUGGAUUCUGCAUAUGCAGGUUCAUAUGCGUUAUGUGAAGAGAAUAGAUAUUUACUAAACGGAGUAGAGAACGUCGAUUCAUACAAUACAAAUCUUCAUAAAGCAGGAAUGAUCAACUUCGAUUGUUCUCCGAUGUGGUUUAAAAACGGAACAUAUGCAUCUCGUUAUUAUAAUGUUGAUGCAAUUCAUUUAGCACAUGAAUAUCAAUCAACUGGAACUGAUUACCGACACUUGGAAAUUCCACUGGGUCGUCGUUUUCGUUCUCUAAAAUUAUGGUUUACGUUGAGAAAUUGGGGAGCCGACAAGAUUAAAGAUUAUCUACGAGGAACUAUGGACAUCGCAAUUUUCUUCUCAAAGAUAAUAGUGGAAGAUCAGAAGUUCCAACUUUUUGUUCCGCCAAUACUCGGAUUGUGCUGCUUUCGCCUCCGAAAUCAUUCGAAUUCUGACAACGAACGCCUCUGCACUGCCAUCAAUAGAGACCGACGUAUUCACAUUGUUCCAUCAACGAUUCACAGCAUUUUCUUCCUCCGUUUUGCAGUUGGAUCUCCAAUGACCACGAAAGAAGAUGCGGUUCACGCGAAGAAAAUCAUUUUUGAAAUUGCAAAUAACUUAUUUAAGAAAUAA